CAGCUCCCACGACCACGUCCACGACCUCGCUGCCCCUUUCUUCCUUUCUCCCCAGUGCUCGAAACCACCUUACCAAGGACCCCCCAACCCCGCACCCCACAUCGCCCCAGCGUUAGUUUCUGGGCACGUUCCACUCAGACCCCCUGGGCAACCGUGCUCAACGGAUCCCCAUUCAAUCAUGAUGUCCCUCAUGCGUCUCCGGCGGCACCGAGUGCCUAUCGCGGUCGCCAUCUUCCUCAUCGUCGGACUGUACCAAUUCGCGUCUCUCCGAUCGACAUCCUCGACGAGUCGCUUCACGCCCGACCAUUUGAAAGACCACACUCCCUUAGUAGUGCAUGAGCACGUCAUCCCUCCUCCCCCCACAAUCCCAGAGGUCAAGACCGACCCGGUGAACCAACCCCCUCACCAGGGCACCGUCACCGUCCCCGAAGCAGUGGGAGAGAAGGAGAAGGAGAAGGAGAAGGAGAAGGAGAAAGUCGAACAGCCGAAGCCAACGGUCGAGGUCCCAGCGGAAACGACUGCCACAGCAACCCCCGCGCCCAAGACGAUCCCAGACAGGCCCGCGCAACCUGGGACACACUCGCACGGUGAACCGGCAGAUCAGCACUCGUUGCCCGAGCUCGAGGAACACUACACUUUCCCGAAACCGCACUACCCGCUCCCGUCGUCGUUGAUCAAGAUCCCUCCCGCGGCUGCUGCAGCGAUCCCGCAGAUCCAAGCUCAGUUCCCAACGGAAAGCGAGAAGGACAAGAAGACUCGGCUCGCGAGGCAGAAGUCGGUCAAGGAUGCCUUCCUCGUCUCUUGGAACGCGUACCGUGUCCAUGCCAUCCCCCACGACGAGCUCGUCCCCGUAUCGAGCACCUUCAAGGAUCCUUUCGGCGGAUGGGGUGCGACGCUGGUCGACGCGCUGGAUACGCUGUGGAUCAUGGAUUUGAAGGAGGACUUCAAGGAGGCGGUGAGCUACGUCGCGAAGAUUGAUUUCACCACCACCACUAUGCGCAAGAUGCGGGUGUUCGAGACGGUGAUCCGUUACCUCGGCGGUCUCGUCGCCGCGUACGAUCUCACCGGACACGAUCCUGAGUACAAGGUGUUGCUCGACAAGGCGGUGGAGCUGGCGAACGUGCUGAUGGGUACCUUCGACACGCCUAACCGCAUGCCGCUGUUGGCUUUCGGAUGGCGGGAGAGGGAUCUCCUGAGGCAUCCUAGAGCCGAUGGUCGUUCCGUCGCGGCAGAGUUGGGAUCGUUGUCCAUGGAGUUUACGCGGCUGGCACAGAUCACCGGGAACGAAACGUACUACGACGCCGUGGCGAGGAUUACAGAUGCGUUGGAGGAGUAUCAGGACAAGACGUCAUUCCCUGGCCUGUUUCCGCUCUACAUCGACGCUAGUGGAUGCAAGCGCAUCAGCUAUAAAAAGGUCCCCACUACCACCACUACCAAGGCUGCGCCGGCCGCAACGAAGGAGACCGAGCCUAUCGAGCCUGCCAAGCUUGCCGUCGAAAGGCCUCUCAAGGUUGCGGGAGUCGUAGGCGGGACCGGAAAGGAAGUCACCCCAGUGGCGGUCAAGUCGGAGACCGAGCCUGCCGAGCUCGACGUCGAAAGGCCUCUACAGGUUGCUGGAGUCGUAGGAGGCACCGGAAAGGAAGUCCACCCAGUGGUGGAGAAACCCAUCCCCCACAAGGCGGCGUCCGAAGCUGCGGUGCAGCCUCCGCCGGUCGCCGUUGAUGCCGCGGAUGCGCCCAUCCACCACGCCAAGCGGGAGAAUGUUGCCCCCGGUGCCGGCGUCGAGGUCGAGGAGGAGGAGGAGGAGGAGGAAAAGCCUACCGGAAGAUCGUCCGAGAUUGGGAGGCAACAGUUGAAUCCCACGAAGAAGGCGCCCCAGAAGGACUGCGAGGACCAGGGACAGGGGCUGGCAUCACCACACCUCGGGAGGGAGGACACGUACGGUCUUGGAGCCAUGAUCGACAGUCUGUACGAGUAUCUGUUAAAGCAAUACUUGUUGAUCGGUGGACACGAGCAAUACAACAGGAUGUACUCCAAGUUUGCGGACAUCGCUGCGACGGAACUCACCUACCGCCCGCGUGCUCCCGGCAACCCGGAUAUCCUUCUCGCCGGCAAAGUCAACGUCAAGCGCAUCGGUGGACACCGCUCAUUCGAGACGGAAUCUUCGCAUCUGGCCUGCUUCGCUGGCGGUAUGUUCGCCAUGGGCGCUAUGGCACUGGACCGCCCCAAGGACCUCGAAGUCGGCUCGAAGUUGACGGACGGCUGUGUCUGGGCCUACGACUCGAUGCGCAGCGGCGUGAUGGCUGAAUCGUUCCGCGUCAUGGCGUGCGAGGACAAGACCAACUGCGUCUACUCUCGCGACGCGUGGGUCCAGCAGCUCGAGCCAUCGGAGGAGUUCGUCAAGGUGCAGAACGAGCCCGAGUACGGGCAUACGUCGCCCGAGGCCAUCCUCGUGGGUGGAAAGGACGUCCCAGCGAGAGCAACGGAAGAUGUGACCGAAGAGAAGGAAAAUCCCGAUGCAGCCGUGCCUCCGCCUGCCGCCGAUGUGGACGAUCCCACUCCCGUCCAUCAGCCUGGAAAGCGCAGCCCACCAAUCUACUCCGAGGAGGAGCCCAAAACCGCGAGAGACUACGCCGAAGCCAUCAUCGCGGCCGAUGAUCUUCCGGACGGAUACCUGAGCAUUGGCGACAGGAGGUACAUCCUCCGCCCCGAGGCCAUCGAGAGCGUCUGGUACAUGUACCGCAUCUCUGCGGAUAAGGCGUGGGCCGAUAAGGGUUGGAACAUGUGGGAGCAUGUCAUCAAUGCCGUCGGCGUCGAAGGCGGCGGAAAGGGACCUGCAAGCGCGGUCGCCGACGUCUCGUUGGAUCCCAACAGUAUCGACUGGGACUGGUUGAAUUCGAUGGAGAGCUUUUGGUUUGGCGAAACCCUUAAAUACUACUACUUGCUCUUCUCCGAGCCCUCACUCGUAGAUCUCGACGAGUACGUCCUGAACACGGAGGCGCACCCGUUCCGCCGGGCAGACUACGGGAAGCGCGGCAAGAAAACGACUACUUGAUGUGUAUUUUGACACCCUGUUUGGUUGAUGUGCGGUGAACGUUUCGUUUUUUGUUUAUGGAUGCGGCGAUUCCCUCCCCUUUUUGCAGUAUGUUCAACUUGGUUGCCCGCUGAGAAUUUUGGGGCUCAUACACUACUUCGUUACGGUUGAUGUUAUUUUCUCCCUUGUUUUUUGCACCGUUCUGUAUGGCUUUGGGAGGGACUGAGGUCGGAUGUGUUGGUGGGGUUGAUGGGGUUGGUGGGGUUGGUGGGUAUGAAUAUACGGGAUACCAUUUCUUUCUUUCGAUAUGAUCGUGACACUGUCUUGAAUACGUUCAACAGGAGGGACAAACCCACUCUAUGGUACCGAG